CGCCGAGCUCCUAAGGCAUAGAUACAUGAUACAACUGCAAAGAGCAAAGACGAAACAGCCAUUGUUAAUUUGUUACAUUUCGCUCGUGUGCUCUUUUUGGCGAGAUCCAAAUCUCUCUUCAAUUGCUGCUCUGCAACUGUCUGAGUCGCUUCUUCUUCCUAGAUCUCGUGCUCGAGGAAAAGGAUGGAGAAAUCUUGCAGUUUGCUCAUACACUAUGACAAAGGGACUCCAGCAAUUGCUAACGAGAUUAAAGAAGCCCUCGAAGGAAAUGAUAUACCUGCAAAAGUCGAAGCCUUGAAAAAGGCGAUUAUGUUCUUGCUGAAUGGUGAAACCCUUCCUCAGCUUUUCAUAACUGUUAUCAGAUAUGUUUUGCCUUCCGAGGACCACACGAUCCAAAAGCUACUGCUGCUAUAUCUAGAGAUCAUCGACAAAACCGAUGCUAAAGGGAAAGUGCUGCCGGAAAUGAUUCUGAUAUGUCAGAACCUCAGGAACAACCUUCAGCAUCCAAAUGAGUACAUCCGCGGGGUAACAUUAAGGUUCCUCUGUCGGUUGAAUGAAACUGAAAUAAUGGAGCCGCUGAUUCCUUCGGUGUUGCAAAAUCUGGAGCAUCGCCACCCAUUUGUUCGUAGGAACACGAUUCUGGCUAUUAUGUCGAUAUAUAAGCUUCCAAACGGUGAUCAGCUCUUGGUAGAUGCACCCGAAAUGAUCGAGAAAGUUUUAUCGACGGAACAGGAUUCGUCUGCCAAGAGAAAUGCGUUCCUUAUGCUCUUUAACUGUGAUCAGGACCGAGCAGUUAAUUAUCUUCUCUCCAAUGUCGAUAGGGUUUCUGAUUGGAAUGAAUUGAUUCAGAUGGUAGUGCUGGAGUUGAUCGGGAAGGUUUGUAGGACUAAUCCAGCUGAAAAGGGGAAGUAUAUUAAGAUAAUCAUCGCUCUGUUAAAUGCCCCUUCUGCUGCGGUAAUCUAUGAAUGUGCAGGGACACUCGUCUCUCUCUCGUCAGCCCCUACUGCCAUUAGAGCUGCUUCCAACACCUACUGCCAGCUUCUUCUCUCUCAAAGUGACAACAAUGUGAAGCUUAUUGUUCUUGAUAGGCUGAAUGAACUUAAGUCUUCUCACAGAGAUAUUAUGGUUGAGUUGGUAAUGGAUGUGCUCAGAGCACUCUCCAGCCCAAAUCUCGACAUCCGCAGGAAAACACUUGACAUUGCCCUCGAACUGAUUACUCCUCGGAAUGUGAACGAGGUUGUCCAAAUGUUAAAAAAAGAAGUCAUGAAGACGCAAGGUGGAGAGCUUGAGAAGAGUGGAGAGUAUAGACAAAUGCUCAUUCAAGCUAUUCACACUUGCGCGAUCAAGUUCCCGGAAGUUGCAAGCACGGUGGUGCAUGUUUUGAUGGAUUUCUUGGGAGACAGCAAUGUGGCUUCAGCUCUCGAUGUUGUUGUUUUCGUUAAAGAUAUCACAGAGACUAAUCCAAAAUUAAGAGUCUCGAUCAUAACCAGGCUUUUGGACACUUUCUAUCAGAUUCAGACUGGAAAAGUCUGCCCUUGUGCGCUUUGGAUUAUUGGGGAGUAUUGCCUAUCACUUUCAGAAGUCGAGAGUGGCAUAGCAACCAUUAAGCAAUGCCUCGGUGAGUUACCUUUUUUCUCGGUUUCCGAGGAACCCGAGUCAUCUGAUUCCUCGACGAAGAUUCAGCCAACCUCCUCUGCUAUGGUUUCGACUAGGAAACCAGCCAUUCUUGCCGAUGGGACUUAUGCAACCCAAAGUGCAGCUUUUGAAGCAGCAUUCUCCCAGACCCAGAUUGUUCAAGGAUCUUCGGCUGCAGGAAAUCUGAGAUCGCUUCUCUUAACCGGGGACUUUUUCUUGGGAGCCAUAGUUGCUUGCACGUUGACGAAGCUUGUUCUUAGACUGGAGGAGGUGCAGCCAUCCAAAUCUGAAGUGAACAAGGCAAUCACUCAGGCUUUACUGAUCAUGGUCUCUAUGUUGCAACUCGGGCAAUCUUCUGCUUCUCCUCACCCGAUCGAUAGGGAUUCUUAUGAGAGGAUUUCGCUGUGCAUUAAACUGCUUUGCCACAGGAACCAUGAUGAUAUGAAAAAGGUAUGGCUUGAAUCCUGCCGCCAGAGUUUCGUCAAAAUGCUUUCCGAUAAGCAUCUUCGAGAAAUCGAGGAACUUAAGGCCAAGACCCAGAUAUCCCAUGCUCAACCGGAUGAUCUCAUCGACUUCUUCCAUCUGAAGAGCAGAAAGGGAAUGAGCCAACUCGAGUUGGAAGACCAGGUCCAAGACGAUUUAAAACGAGCCACUGGAGAGUUCACAAAGGACGAGAACGAUUGGAACAAACUGAAUCGGGUUCUUCAGCUCACGGGAUUCAGUGACCCAGUUUAUGCUGAAGCAUACGUGACGGUUCAUCACUAUGACAUCGUCCUCGAAGUUACAGUCAUCAACCGUACAAAGGAAACACUUCAGAAUCUAUGCUUGGAGUUGGCGACAAUGGGUGAUCUCAAACUGGUCGAGCGUCCACAGAAUUAUACUAUGGCACCCGAAUCCGAGAUGCAGAUAAAAUCCAACAUCAAGGUGUCAUCUACCGAGACUGGGGUCAUAUUUGGGAACAUUGUUUACGAGACUUCAAAUGUCAUGGAGAGAAAUGUCGUGGUCCUUAACGAUAUACACAUCGAUAUCAUGGACUAUAUCUCUCCAGCGGUUUGUUCUGAUACUGCUUUCAGGGCGAUGUGGGCUGAGUUCGCAUGGGAAAACAAGGUUGCUGUGAACACAAUGAUCCAAGACGAGAAAGAAUUCCUCGAUCACAUCGUUAAAUCGACGAACAUGGAAUGCCUCACCGCAACGUCCGCGUUAGAAGGCUCUUGCGGGUUCCUAGCUGCAAACUUAUACGCGAAGAGCGUGUUUGGGGAGGAUGCAUUGGUGAACAUAAGCAUCGAGAAACAAUGUGAUGGAAAGCUCGGCGGUUACAUAAGGAUAAGGAGCAAGACGCAAGGCAUUGCACUUAGUCUCGGCGACAAGAUCACCCUGAAACAAAAGGGUAGUAGCUGAUCCUCUUUGAGUACAGGUAUUACUCAUAUUACAUCUUUACUGUAAGAGAAAACUGCCUUACCAAUGGUGUACGUAUACAAGGGUAAUUUGGUAAAUCUGUUCCUUUGAAUCUAUCCAAGUACUCUCUGCCUGUUUCUUUCUCAUUUUUUUUUUUAAAUUGAGAUCCAUUUUAUGAUUUCAAUCUUGGUGAUGUUUCUGGGUUUAGGGGAAUGUGUUUUUGUUUUAUGGUCGCAAAAUGUAGAAUUUGGUCGGUUCAAGUGUUAAACCGAUCUAAAAAUGAUUCUAUUGUCUGAUAAGUGGUUCUGAUUUUAGCAUCUCAUUGUUUGGGUUUU